GAAGGUGAACUAAGUAAUUCAGGGUUUGGUUUUGUUUUUAGCUUAGCUUUAAUGUUAAUCCGUCUUAUUUAGGGGUUUACUGAGAAUGUUUGUCACAAUCUUAAUAAAGUUUAUGUUGAAGUGAAUUUUUUUUGUUAACUUUAGGCCUAUUUAUACUUUUGUGUUUAUUACCUACUGCGCCACAGCCUAUGCAAACCAUAAGGUGUUUUCGAAUUUUAAGCGUAACAUCAGUAUAAUAUUCCCAAGUUGUAUUUUAUCUUACUAAAAUGGAUUUGAAGAGAAAAAAUGGCCCACAAACCAAGAAGAACAACCCCAACCAAAAGAAAUUCAGAGCUAAUGUCGAUGAUGAUGAAGAUUUUCCAUCUGGUUUUGAGGAAGAACUUGCUAUCAUGGAUCAGAUGGAAUUGGAGGGAGCUGAAAGUGAACCUCAGGAAUCAUCUGAACAGGGACCUGACACCCAGCUGACUAGUGUAAAGUGGAGUCGUCCUCCUCCUCCAAAACUGAACCCUGCGUCGGACAAACUGGUGUUCCAGCAGAUUGAUAUUGAUUACUACAUUGUGGAUCAAAAGACUUGGUCCAGGAUACAAAGCAGUCCCCUCAAAGGGAUGCCAGGCUCCCAGGUAGCUCCGGUUCCCAUCAUGAGAAUCUACGGAGUCACAGAAGGAGGUAACUCUGUAUGUUGUCACGUCCACGGCUUUUCACCCUACUUGUUUGUUGCCGCUCCGCCAGAAUUUACGGAGAGCCAUUGUAAACCAUUUAAGACUGCGUUGAAUAAGGCUGUGAUGACAGAUAUGAGAGGCAACAGAGACAAUGUCCAAGAGGCAGUGUUGGGAGUGGAACUGGUUCACAAGAUCAAUCUAUUUGGUUACCAUGGAGACGAGCCAUCGCCGUUCCUCAAGAUCACAGUGGCACUGCCUCGGCUGAUUGCUGCCUGUAAGCGACUUUUGGACAAGGAAACUGUUUAUCCCACCUUUCAGAACCAUCGCUACCAAGCCUUCGAGUCUAAUAUUGAUUUUGACAUUAGGUUUAUGGUAGACAACCACAUCACAGGUUGUUGCUGGGUGGAGCUGCCUGCGGCCCAGUGGAGACUGCGGGGUUGUCACCCCCACUCCAACCUGUCCCUGCCCCCCGUGUCUCGCUGUCAGCUGGAGGUGGACAUCUCGUACGAGCAGCUGGUCGCACACGCCCCGGAGGGAGAGUGGGGCAAGGUGGCGCCCUUCCGCAUACUCAGCUUUGACAUUGAGUGUGCCGGUCGCAAAGGUAUAUUUCCGGAGCCCAAUCAUGAUCCGGUGAUCCAGAUCGCUAACAUGGUGAUUCGCCAGGGGGAGCCCGAGCCUUUUAUCCGAAACGUCUUCACUCUGGAUACUUGUGCAGCCAUUGUUGGUUGUCAAGUGCUCAGUUACGACCGUGAAGUGGAAAUGCUGGAGAAAUGGGCUGAGUUUGUUCGAGAAGUGGAUCCUGAUUUGUUCACCGGAUAUAACAUCAACAACUUUGACUUCACCUACCUCAUCAACCGAGCAAAACAUCUCAAUGCUAAGAACUUUACCUUUCUGGGAAGAAUCAAAGACAUUAGAUCCGCUAUCAAAGAGCAGAUUCUUCAGAGCAAGCAGAUGGGGCGCCGAGAGAACAAGCAUAUCAAUUGUGAAGGAAGAGUCAUAUUUGAUCUACUUUUGUGUUUGCUGAGAGACUACAAACUCCGGUCAUAUACUCUCAACGCUGUCAGUUACCACUUCCUACAGGAGCAGAAGGAAGAUGUUCACCACAACAUCAUUUCCGACUUGCAGAACGGAACCCCUCAGACCCGUAGAAGACUGGCCGUGUACUGUCUCAAGGACGCCUACCUUCCUCUGCGACUGCUGGACAAGCUCAUGUGUAUCAUCAACUACAUGGAGAUGUCUCGUGUGACCGGAGUCUCUCUCACUAGUCUGCUCACCAGAGGGCAGCAGAUCAAAGUGGUCUCUCAGCUGCUGCGGAAGUCCAAGGAGAAGGGUUACUUGAUGCCAGCUUACCAAGGAGGUGUUCAGGAGGAACAGUUUGAAGGGGCCACUGUGAUCGAGCCCAAGAAGGGCUACUAUGCCGAGCCAGUGGCUACGCUGGAUUUCAGCUCUCUGUACCCGAGUAUCAUGAUGGCUCACAACCUCUGCUACACCACUCUGCUGCAGAGCAACAGCAAGGACAAGUACAAUUUGACACCCGACCAGUAUUCCAAAACACCAUCAAACAAUCUCUUUGUGAAGAGUUCAGUGAGAAAAGGACUACUUCCAGAGAUUUUGGAAAACCUACUCAGCGCCAGAAAGAAAGCAAAGACUGAUUUGAAAAACGAGACAGAUGAGUUUAAGAAGAAAGUGUUGGAUGGACGUCAACUGGCGCUCAAAAUAAGCGCCAACUCUGUGUAUGGCUUCACUGGCGCACAAGUAGGCAAACUUCCUUGUUUGGAGAUAUCUGGGAGUGUAACGGCGUACGGACGUACAAUGAUAGAGCAAACAAAGCAGGAAGUGGAACACAAGUAUUGCGUCAAGAAUGGAUACGAACAUGAUGCAGUUGUAAUAUAUGGAGACACAGACUCGGUGAUGGUAAAGUUCGGCGUGAAGACGUUGGAAGAAGCGAUGAAGUUGGGGCAAGAAGCAGCGGAGUAUGUGUCCUCCAAGUUCAUCAAGCCCAUCAAACUGGAGUUUGAGAAGGUGUACUUCCCGUACCUGUUGAUAAACAAGAAGCGCUACGCAGGUCUGUACUUCACUCGCACGGACACGUAUGACAAGAUGGACUGUAAGGGUCUGGAGACAGUCAGGAGAGACAACUCCCCUCUCGUCUCCAACAUGAUCAACAUGUGUCUGCAGAAACUGCUUAUUGAAAGGAACCCUGAUGGCGCAGUGGCGUACGCCAAACAGGUGAUCAGUGAUUUGCUCUGUAACCGUAUAGACAUUUCUCAACUGGUCAUCACCAAAGAGCUCACCAAGCAAGACAAGGAUUACACAGCCAAGCAAGCUCAUGUCGAGCUGGCCAACAAGAUGAGAAAGAGAGACCCAGGUAAUGCCCCCAAGCUGGGUGACCGAGUGCCUUACGUCAUCGUAGCGGCCAGCAAAGGCACCCCGGCCUACCAGAAGGCUGAGGAUCCAAUUUAUGUAUUAGAAAACAACAUUCCCAUAGACUGUACCUACUACUUGGAGAACCAACUGUCCAAACCUCUACUGAGGAUCUUUUCACCCAUUCUUGGUGAUAAGGCUGAAUCUAUAUUACUCCGUGGAGACCACACUCGCACCAAGGCGGUGGUGACUUCACGUGUUGGAGCUCUCUCUGCCUUCACCACCAAGAAGCAGACGUGUCUGGGAUGCAAGGCAGUUCUGCCAACUGCACAAGAGAACCAGCCUCUGUGUCAGCAUUGCCAACCCGACCAGGCCCGACUGUACAUGCAGGAGCUGACCAAAUUGCAAGAAAUAGAAAAUCGAUUCUGUCGGCUUUGGACGGAAUGCCAACGGUGCCAAGGCAGCUUGCACGAAGAGGUUCUUUGUACAAGCCGUGAUUGUCCCAUCUUCUACAUGCGUAAGAAAGUCCAGAUGGAUCUAUCUACACAAGACAAAGCUUUGCAGCGAUUUGGCAACCCUACCUGGUGAUCACCAAUGGCCUUUCUUUGUUUGUAUUUUAAAGUUGUUUUUAUGAUAAAUUAUAAGUUUUUAGUAAAUAG